CCGGCAUGGAGCGGCUGUUCGCGCUGGAGGUGCUGGUGGAGGCGCUGCGGCUGGCGGAGCCGGGCCCCGCGGAGCUCCCGGGCCCCGCGGAACGCCCGGCCGUGGCGCUGCGCCUCUUGGACUUCCCCACCCUUGUGCUGCGCCCCGCCGCCGCAGCGCCGCCCCUGCGGCCGGGGCAGCCUUUCCCCUUCGGCCGCGGCAAGCGGUGCCUGUUCCGCUGGUGCCCGGACUCGCUUUUCGCCGCGCUCCGCCGCCGCCCGCUCCGCGCCUUGCUCCUGGCGCUGCCCGCCGGGCGUGCCCCGGGACCCCCCCGCCUCCUCGGCAGCAGCGCCGUGUCCUUGGCCCCCGCCGCCGAGCUGCUGCAGCGGCCCGGGGCGCCCUCCUCCUGCGGCCGGCGCGGCCGCUUCGUGCUGCGGGACACCGUGGGCCGCCCCGCCGGGGAACUGGUCCUGCGCUACCGCCUCGCCAGCCUGGAGGGCGGUGAGGUGCGCCCCGCCAGCCCCCGCACUGCCACACCGCCUGCCACCGCCCCUGAACCGCGGGACCGGGAGGAGGAGGAGAAGGAAGAAGAGGAGAAGGAGGAGGAAGAGAAGGAAGAGGACGAGGAGGACAGUGAGCAGCUGGAAGGCAACGUCUUUUGCCCUCCGCUGCUCUAUUACAGCCGUGAGCCGGCUGAGCCUGAGCGGCCGCCAGCACCAAUGGGGCGGUGGGAGCACGUCGAGCCCCAGCGACCGCAGGAGAAGCACAAGGGCCACAGCCCACCACGGCCCGGUUCUGGGCCCUCGCUGCUGCGCCCCGCCAGCCCCCGCCAGCCCCAGAACGCCCUGGUGCAGCUGCCACUGCUCAGUGCCUUGCUGGCGGAGCUGUCGGUGCUCACCCGCAGCGCUGUGCCUGCUGCUGCUGCCCACCCUCAUCUUGCCUGGCUCUACCAGGCCCCAGGGAGUGGAGACACGGCCUCACUGCCCCCCAGUCGCUCUGCUGCCCUCGGGCCUGCAGAGACACCUGUGGGGCCUGGCAGGAGCAGUGAAAUCACGAGCCCUCCGUUCAAACAAGGCUGUCAAAAAGCCUCCUCCCCAGGGUCUUCUGGGGUUGGGAGAAGACCCAAGAAAGCUGUGCCCGAGGCACAGCCAGUCUGUGAAAAGAGCUGCAAAGCUAAGGAGAAUAGACCUCCCAAAAAGAAAUUGAUGUAUGGGCUGACAAAUACAUUGAGGCUACGGCUGCAGCAGACCAACCCGGAUAAGCUGAUAAUUCAUGAAAGGAGGGAGCAGUACAGAAAAAAGCAAAUGGAGAUGCUGAAAGAGAGAAGCCCCUUACCCAAGACAAAGUUGGUCAGAAAUACCAAAGAACAGCAUGUGGUGUCUUGCAGGCAGUGUAGCACAGGAGGUAGUUCAAAGCGGAAUAAUCAGUUGGAUAAAAUUGUUCAGACUUCAUUAGAAAACAGUGCUCUCUCAGAGUCAGUUUUUGUGACAGGAGAUACAUCCACUGGCCUCCAGAAACAGUCUGCUGCAAGUCUGUCCCAGCAGGAUUCAAUAACUACAGCCCCCUUACCGGAGGAAACUCUCUUAAAACCUGCUCAUGAGGAAAAGUAUACAAAAGCUCAACUCCCAGCAGCAUUCCCAUCAGAUGAUAAUGCAAGAGGAAGUUACAAUGAUGCAACACACUUAAUCCAUAAAACCAUGGAGCAUGAUCAUGUGUCUGUUGUAAGUGGUCAUAAACUAAGCCCCAGCAGGAGUGUUGAAAACAACUCUGAAUUCAUAUACUCUGAUGACUUUGUUGCUAGUCCAGAGAACUCAGUUUGUUCAGAAGAUUUCACCAAUGCUGAGUGUACAGCCAUAGACUCAAAAGUUUGUGACAGCAGUCCUGAACCUCUGUGGCUUGAAAGACCAAAACAGGAUAGGUCAGAUACAGAGCAAGAAUCCAGCAGGUCCAGAAUUUCAAAGACAAGUGUAAGAGCUCAAAGUACUUCAGAUCUUCUGUCAGUUCCUUCAGCUUCAUCUCCAGUCCAGUCUUUGAGGAGAAACUGUGACUUUAAAACCAGCAUGGGGACGAGUGCCGAGUCUGCUGAUUCACUUAACCUUGCUGAGAUGGAGGCAUCAUUAUUAGAAGAAGAGCAGGAAGCCCAACAGAUGAGUAAGGAAGAGAACAGGGGUGAUCGAGAUAUUCAAGAAAUGUCUACACUGAGAAGCAAACAGGUUACAUCUGAUACAGAUCUGAAUACAGGAAAGUGGCAGACCUCCACAGAACAAAAGCAAUCAGUAACUCAAGUUAGCUCUUACUUGCCAUCUAACAUGUCUGAUCUUGAACUUAGUGUUCUGGAAAACAGUAGGUCAGACAAAGAAGAUAAUUUUCUGGAAAAACUACAUCCUAAUCAGUACAAAGACAUCAGUGAACUUGUAAUAAACAAACUCCCAGGAUACACAAUGUAAUUAUAACCUUUCACUGGAUUGAGAUACGAUAUUUAAACUUUGUAAAUCCUUUUACAUUAAGUUGCACUAUGUGCAAGUUAAUUUAAAAUUUUACCACGCACAUUUAUUACAUCAGUGAAUUUAGUUAUGAGAUUUUUUAAAUAAAUUACUAUUUGAAUCUCUCAGAUGGUGUCUACAGCCUGAUUUCAGUGUUUUAACACUCUUAUCUUAACACAAAGUAAUCCAAACAGUACAUCAAACAAUUUACUGUUAAAGCAGAAAUGAAGACAGAAGCAGCAAAAGCAGCCAGUACCCACAAAAGUAGUCCAGGGUAGAAGUAAUAACAUGCUACCAGAACAGCCAAGCACAAAAUUCAUUCCUAACAAAAAAAAAAAAAAAAAAAAGGUUUUAUUCCUCAUGAAAAUUUCCAAGCUUCCUUUUCAAUAGAAAUAGCUACUUAGAACAUACAGUCACAGCCAGUAGCAUCACAGAAUUUUAUCAGCUUUCAUCAGUAUAAUGAUGUGUCUGUUUCCCUUUUCCAUCGCUAAAUACAGUGACCAGAACUGGAUGAGCCCUUUUAGAGUUUCUUAGGUUGAAGUUUCAUUUAAGUCAGAUUUUCACAAUUUAUUAUUGAAUAGUGUAAGAAUUUUUGGUGAUAGUAAAUCACCAUGGUGAAACAAUCUGGGCAAGCUUUAAGAGGUGGAUAGAAGUUACUUGACCUUGAAGACUAAGGGUGUGCAAGGAGUAGGGAAGAGCAUAGUAAAUCUUAAACGCUUCACAACUCCCUAAUUGCAUUCUUUGACUCUAGGGAAAGAGGUGGGGUCAGCACCCACAGUCCAGAAACUUGGAACAAAUGAGCAUAUUAUGUCAUGAUGUAAAGAUGUGGGGUAAUGAGAAACUUGCCAUGUCUCCUUUGCCAUUAAGACAGUUGAACUGAUGUUUGAUUUUGAUUUCAGGUUUGCUUUUAAUGGCUUCGGCUUUGAUCACUGAACUUAAUGUCUUCUGUUUAACUAUGGAUGUCCUUCUAGAGUCUAUGUGCUGAUCCCAGAUUUUAGAGAUGUUUUUUGACUUGAAUUCCUGCCUUACUUUUUAGUCUCAUGUACCCCCCUUUCCCCCCUCUUUGAGUAGUUAAUCUCCUAUGUCAGCUUUACAUUCCUAACUGUCUCAUCAAUCAGGAGAGUUAUCCUCGGGGUUAAAUGACAGAUUUAUCCACUCCCCUUUUCUUUAUAAUUUAAAAUCUGACUUGUUUCCACAACAUUUUCAUUUCUCACUGUAAUUUUCCAUGUACUUUAUUGCAAGAGCCUGUGUUUACACUUUAACAUCUUGGAGCAGCUUUUUCCUUUCUUUCCUACUAUGUGUUUAUUUUGUAGUAAUUACAGCACCUCUGCUAUUUAAAGCAUGAACAUCUGUGAGGAUUAUUGGACUAUCUAGUGUUGACUUCCUAAAAACCACUAGUAAUAUUUUUAAUCUAAAGGUAAGCAGCUGAAAUUACCUAUAUAGCAAAGGAAUUUCUGGCCAGAGCAAUUCCUAAAUCUUAUUUAGGGUGUCUUUCAUCAGCUACAAUUUUAGACCAAUUUUUUUUUUUCUUUUUCUUCCAAUGCCAUGGACUUCUUUGAUACACAUAGAUUCAGACUGUCAUUUAUACAUUUAUUGAUGGAGUAAUGUCUUGCACUUCUCAUGAGCAAAACUGCCAUUAAAAUACAAUGCUGAUCAACCAUU